AUGAAAUAAUAACCUAAUUAUUAAACUUUCACAAGUAUUUUUGAUCUAGAGCAGUCAAAAACAUUUUGGGAACCAUUGUAAUAACCACUUCAGGCAGAGCGAUUACUUUACUAAGGAAAAUUCUUUGAAUUCAUUGGAAAUGUAUGGGUUGAAGAACAUUAUGAACUUUAUCCAGAAAUACUAUGUAAAGGUUAAUUUUAUAUGAAAUUACCUGGAAUGUAAAUCAGAAGACUCAAACCAAAUGAAACUUAUGGUCCCCAUAAAUAUGGAUUAGGUUUAUUAAAAGGACCUUACAGGUUGUUGUUAUAUACCGAAUCAGUUGAAUAGCUAAAUUAAUGGUAUUAAGUCCAUAGAGUUUAGGCAUGACUACUUGAAAAGACUUUGUCUAUUGCCCAAUUUUAACAAACGUCAUAAAGUUGUUAAUAAGAUCAAGAAUUCCCUUAAUUUUUAUGAUUGCUACAAAUGUAUUAAUGGGCAGCAAUAUUAAGUCAAAAUUCUCGAAAAAUCUUAAAUAAUUCAAACAAAACACUUCAUAAAAGAAAUUUAAAUUUUGCGUCGUUUAAAUCACCCUUAAAUCUAAAAAUUAUUAGAAGUUUAUGAAGACAGCAAUACUGUCUAUAUUUUAUUUGAUAAAUUCUUAGGUCACUCGCUUAAAACUAAAUUGCCAGAUUAUUGGAAGUAAUUUAGAUAUUUAAUAUAUAGUUUAACAGAAAAACAAUAAGCUGAGGUAUGUUUCAAGUUGUUAAAUGCCUUAGCACAUAUACAUUAAAAAAAUAUCAUUCACAAGGAUAUAAGACCAGAGAACAUUAUCUAAAUAAAUAAUUAAUUAAAUAAUCUCAUUAUUGCUAACUUUGCAAGUGCUGAUUCAAAAGAAAAAUGCCAAAAAAGAAAAGUAUUUAACCCAGGUUUCAUGGCUCCUGAAUUAUUUCAAAAUAGAAACUUUGAUGAUAAAAUAGAUAUAUUCUCUUUAGGUGUUAUAUUUUAUGGUAUCCUCUACUGUAAAUAUCCUUUCGAAGGAAAAGACUUUAGGGAUACUGCGACAUUAAAUGAAAAAUGUGAAAUAAAUUUUGAAUACUCAAAGAAAUUAUCUUCCUCAGCCAUUGAAUUACUAUAGGGAAUGCUAAAGAAAGAUCCAAAUUAGAGGUUAAAUUCAUAAACUGCAUUAAAACAUCAUUGGUUUAUAAAUGCCAAAAGUAAAGAAUAAAUGAAAGGAAAAUUACUUGGAGCUCCUUCACUUUCAACUAUCCAAGAAAAAUCAGAAAUCGAUAUUUCAAUGUAGGAUCGAUAAUUAAAUAAAUAAUAAUCUAAAUUAAGAGCUAAAUCUUUAGAUACAUUAUUCAUUUAGGAUGCAAAUGAAGUAGAAUAAAUUCCUUUACAUCAGAAAAUUCAAAAAAUGACAAUUAUUCAAUUUAAUCCAUCUAAAUUUAAUCAUUGA